ACCACUGCACAUAUGUUUCCAGGGUUUAUGCCAGCAUAUUUGUUCUGUGUUUACCACUUCCUUUGUUCAUUAACUCUGUCUUCUGAGAGGAGAGACUUUACUUCCCUGUUCUUCCUGUAACAAGAGCUGCUCUUACAAGUUGGUGUGGCGGCAAUGAGAGAAUGGAUUUUGAAUGUGUCAUCCCAUAAACAUCCUGGGUUCGUGCUGUACAUGCAAGGUCUCCACACAGGAAACUUGCUGUCUUCAAGCAAGCUGGAAGGGCAGGGUAGGAAGGCUAUUUUUACUGAUCUCUAUGCAUAAGGGGAGAGUAAUGAUUCAAGGUCUCAGAUUCUCCCUUACACAUCUUCACAUCCAAGUGAUCAUGAGUGCAUUUUUUAAUUUGAGGUGUGACCAGCUGCCUGAAGCUCCAACUGCAGAGACUUUUUGAACUAUGAAAGAAAAACAGCCCUUUAUCCCUCAUUACUUUUGUCAGAAUAUUUUACCACUGCAACAAGAAAGCAGGAUUUCCCAGGCUCAGCCUGAUGUUUGGCUAUUGGUCUCUAUAUCUGUUUCCAUCAGUUACUGGAUGAAGGAUCUCCGAUGACUAUUGGGGUAGUCACAAAUCUUGUAAAGGGAGAUGGCAUCAAAAUAAUAACACUCUCUCAUCUUGAGAUGACCUGGAAUAGCAGAAAGAAUUUUCCUGCCUUGCUUGUGAGGAUUCUGCAUAAAUCAAAAUUGAGAUACUAUGGGAAACCUCAUAAAAAGACGAUUGAGCCAUAUCAGACCUAUUUGGAAGUUGCUGACAGUUCAGGCAUGGUGUCAGUGAUUAUGUGGAAUGAUUUGUGUCCAGAGUGGUAUAAAAGUUUGAGAGUGGGCUUGAUUCUUCUGCUUCAAAAUUAUUCUGUGAAGAGGAGCCACCCAUUCAGAAGACAGCCAGACCCUGUGGAUCCACACAUGAAAAUAAUUUCUACAAUGGAAAUCUGCCUGAAUCUUCGAGAUCCUCCAAAUAACAUAGUUAUCAUUCCAGAAAAGCAACUGAAACCAGAUUGGAAAUUACCAAAACUAACUAAUCGAUUUAUUACAAGAUCAGAGCUAGAGGAAAUGCCAGAAAAAGCCACCUGUGAUAUAAUUGGUGUGUUAGCCUUUGUGGGAAGGGUGCAACGGUCAAAAAAGAAAGAUCAUGGUGAAGAUUUUUGGUCAUAUGCUGGAUUUCGCUGGAUUCACAUUGCUGAUGGGACUUCAGAGCAACCAUUUAUAGUGCAGCUGUUUUCUACAUCUCAGCCAGAAGUCUUUGAAAAUAUUUGUCCAUUGACAUAUUUUGUUUGUACCCAGUUGAAAGUUGUUAGGAAUUACAAUCAAGUACCUAAUCUGCUUUACCUCACCACUACAAAUGAGAGCCGAGUGUUUAUAAUUUCUGGUCAUAGAAGCCAGCCGUAUACAUAUGAUUCAAAGGUAAAAAAUUUUAUUCAGUGGAUUAAAACAAAGACUGAUUCGGGAGUGAAGAACGCUGUUAUUGGUGGAUAUUACCCCUAUCCACCAGUGCCAGAGACAUUUCCCAAGUAUAGUCGCUUUAUUAAAGCUGACUCGCUCUUGACAGCUAUAAGUGAAGUGAGGAAGGUGAUUGAAGACUUGCAGUAUAGGGAACAAAAGCGCAUUGCAGUUCAGGGGAUAAUUACUGCUAUAAAGUACAUCCCUCCUAACCAUUCAGCUGAAAGUGCCCCAGCAUCAGAAACAUUGCGGAGUGAUAGCCAGCCUUCAACCUCUCAAGCAUCUAAAAGAGUUCAUCAUCAUGAAAGAGGUAGUAAAAGAUCUCAAGAUGACAGGCCACUGGGUUCUUCGUAUUUUCAAUUUGCACCUUUCAUUUUGAAUCUCUGCGCAAAAAGAAAAAUUAUUCAAGACCCAUGUGCUAAUCUGAUUGCUAUACCUCAGCCACAUUCUCCUGCAUCAAGUAAAGGAAGCAAACACCGUUCACCAAGUCCCUUCCACCGCCGAGAAAGUUCAAGUUCUAGUUCCACAGGGAAGUCCAGAAGAACAGCAUAUGAUAGAUGGGAGAGUCAGCUGUGGAAAGAUAAGAAGUUUAGCCUGAGAGACCACCUACAUUACAGUCAUGUUUAUCCUGAAAGUGUUCCACGGAAAUUUGUUCUGGAGUAUGGAAAGUUUCUUGCCAAGCAGUAUAAUACUCAACCAUCAAAAUACAUACCUCCUGAAGGAAAGCAACCCAAACUCGAUGAAUUUCAGAGUGCCCGAAGCCUUGGACACUUUGAAGUAACCAUCCUAGGUUUGAACCAUGAGAUUGCAAUUGAUGUUGCAUUUCUACCUAUGUAUUCUCCGGAAGAUGUCCGCACAUCUCAAAUAGACACGUUUUUGACCUGCAUGAACUACAGUUGUGUGUACCCACCAGAAGCACCUGGCAGUGGAAGAUUGUCAGAUAUCAAGGAAGUUGCAGGUGAUAUUGUAAAAGCAGCAGCUGAACUGGAUAGAGUCCACAUCAUCUGUAUCUUGGAUAUCUGCAAUUUGGGUGACAAUAAAGUGGAAGUCUGUUUGCAGAAAAUUUAUACUCCAGAAUAGGCUCCUUAAAGAUUAGCAGACACAAUAAUUACAGGGUAUAUAUAGAAAACUGCUUUAAACAGAAUCUUAUUAUUUUCUUGGUAUUUUCAUCAGACUAUUACAUGACCUCUAAAGUAAAGGGAUUUUCAGUUUAUCUUGUAUUUGGCACUCUCACUUCAGAUUGAAAAGAGCCAUCAAGGCAAUUUUAUGUCAGACAUUACUUUACUUGCAUGUGACUAUUAUCUUAACUUGUAACAACUUAUAUUUUACGGUUCCUUUUUAAAAGUGUAUUUUUAUUCCAAAAUCUCAGUACAAUGUAUCUUGCCCAACACAAUUCAACAUCUUCCUGACUUUAUUCACAUAUGGUGAUAAAUCUUGCUUGACAAAUUCAAAGACUGAGUUAUCAUUCUCCUAAUGGGAUCACCUAAAUUUAUUAUAAGCAAGGUAGUUCCUAUCACAUCCAGAAAGCCACACACAGAUAGCAAUAAUAUAUUUGCCUCCAAUCUCUACAUUUGCUAUAAAUGAAUAUGCUAAAUUACUUUGUCAUAAAAAUUUCAACCCUUUACUGCAACUUCCAGUGCCUUGAAGUUUUAAGUAUUUUGACCAGUGUAUAAUGUUAAAGCCCGAUGCUACAAUAUAUCUCCAUUCCUACUGUGUUCAUUUGUAAUUUCAGUAUAUGUGAUGUGAUUUUAAAUAGUGAAAUUUUACCUUACAAUAAUAUCUGAAGUACUUCUAUUGAAAGUAAAAGGACAGUAACUAAGGGAAUUUGCUUCAGUCUGGUUCCCUACUGUGUUUUAAAGGUAAAUUGUCAUUAUACCUUUGUAAUGACCUGUGUCUGACACCCAUGUGGCUAGAUAAGUGGACCAAAACAACUGUCACAUGAGAUUAGCUAUUUCUAUAUCAAAGAUGAGUCUGAUUGUAGUCGAGGUACAAACUCACAAGAUUUCCAUAUAGCCCUGUAAUUUUGUGAUAUGAUAUGCUAUACAGUUUUAAUGUGGUAGGCAGCCUAAAAACUUAAAGGGAUAUUAUAUUUUGUUCAUAAAGGUGUUCAGCCUCCUUGAUAACUGUAUUGAAUGGUUAAUUAUAAACUGAAUCCUUGUGUUACUAGUUUCAGAGUGAUAUUAAAUAAAGUUGAAAUGCAGUAA